UGUCUUGAUUUGCAGCUGGGAUCAGCUGGAAGGGGGCGCAGUGGUAUAAGAGGGGGGGAAAUGUGGAUUUUUAUUAUAAACGUAGGAAUUGUUGUCCACAUAUCGGUUUAAUUGCUAUUUGCGUUACAUCUUUAUUACCAUUUCCUUAAUUCUCGCUAAACUGCGGAGAAUUCCUUUCUUUCCUUUUCUUUUCCUUUCCCUUUUUUGUUUUGCUCUCCAUUCUUUAAAAAUAAAUUGAAAUUGCAUUACCUGGACAGAGGUGAACGGGCUGAGGCUGCGGGAGCUCAGCAGCCAGACUGGCUUUAGUUGGACAGACCCUUCACUGACAACGCCUUUCCGUCUAAGCGCGCCGCCGGCUGGGAAACUUCAGUUCUGACGGACCCCAAACCCAAAACCACUGGACUAUUUCAACUGAUGAGCUGCUGAAACUUCACCACGACAUUGAAGAAAGUUGCUUGGAAAAAGAAAUGGGAUGCACAAUCAGCGCAGAGGACAAAGCUGCGGUUGAACGGAGUAAAAUGAUUGAUAAAAACCUGCGAGAAGACAGAGAGAAAUCCUCCAGAGAGGUGAAACUGCUUCUACUGGGUGCUGGGGAGUCUGGGAAAAGCACAAUAGUGAAACAGAUGAAAAUCAUCCAUGAAGAUGGCUAUUCAGAGGAAGAGUGCAAGCAGUACAAAGUGGUGGUAUACAGCAACACCAUCCAGUCCAUCAUGGCCAUCAUCAGGGCAAUGGGCCAGCUGAACAUAGAUUUUGGAAAUGCUGCACGGGAGGAUGAUGCCCGCCAGCUGUUUGCCCUGGCGAGCACAGCAGACGAAGGUGUGAUGUCUGCUGAGCUGACAGGCGUGAUUCGAAGGUUGUGGAACGACAGCGGAGUCCAGGCCUGCUUCGAUCGAUCACGGGAAUAUCAGCUCAACGACUCAGCUGCAUACUACCUGAACGACCUGGACAGGAUUUGUGAGCUAAAUUACGUCCCGACUCAACAAGACGUGCUGCGUACACGUGUGAAAACCACCGGGAUUGUGGAAACUCACUUCACCUUCAAAGAUCUCUACUUUAAGAUGUUUGAUGUUGGAGGUCAGCGUUCUGAGAGAAAGAAGUGGAUCCAUUGCUUUGAGGGAGUCACAGCAAUCAUUUUCUGUGUAGCGCUCAGUGAUUAUGACCUUGUCUUGGCUGAGGAUGAGGAGAUGAAUCGAAUGCAUGAAAGCAUGAAGCUUUUUGACUCCAUAUGCAACAACAAGUGGUUCACCCUCACCUCCAUCAUCCUCUUCCUCAACAAGAAGGACUUGUUUGAAGAGAAGAUCGGCAGGAGUCCUCUCACUAUCUGCUACCCCGAGUACACUGGUGGAAGUACAUACGAUGAAACUGCAGCGUACAUCCAGUGCCGGUUUGAAGACUUAAACAAACGGAAGGACAUCAAGGAGAUCUACACCCACUUCACCUGUGCCACAGACACCAAGAAUGUGCAGUUUGUGUUUGAUGCUGUCACUGAUGUCAUUAUCAAAAUCAACUUGAGGGAGAUCGGGCUUUAUUGAAACUCAAACUAUUUUCCAGAGUUUGGAACACCAGGCGCCUUGGAUGUCUUAUCUACAGAAUUGGAAAAUAGGACACAACCCAUUACCAUGCUUCAGAUUACAUUUCAUUAAAAUUUGGGACCCAUUUAUAUUUAUUUUAUUUAACCUUUAUUUAGUCAGGUAAGCUAUCAAGAACAUGUUCUUAUUUACAAUAACAACCUGGGAAGUGGAGAAAUACAAUGGCCUUUAUACGAUGGGCUUUGGUUGAAAAAAUGUUUAGCCUCCCUAUAAAGGUAAUGUGGGGCUCAGUACAAUUCUUAUUUUAAUAUAUCUGAUUAGCUACUGCAGAUGAGGACACUCAAACGUUAUAAAUAAAGGUUCCUCCCUAAUAAAUGUAUAAAUCUAUCCAAGGACUAAAACAGAUUCUGUUCUCUCCUGUGGUAUGUUGUCUCGUCUUUGUUGUAAUUCUGUGUAAAAAUGGUUUUACUGUCAGAUUUGUUGCAAUGAUGUUGUAUUGUCGACAUUUAGAUGUAAAACUUUCAUAAUUCAUGCUUUUGCAGUGUGUUGUGUGACAGUUUUUAUGUAAAGUUUGUCAUGUUAAGUGUGGAUCUGGGAUUAGUUUGCAGAAGUGCGAUAAUAUCAAGGGCACUCUUGAUGACAAGUUUGAUUUUAACAAAAUCACAUUAUAAUGAACAAAAAUAUUUAUUGAGUUAGUACAACAUUGAAACUCUGUCUGUUAAGGGGUAUUUUAUUUAAUUUUGAUUGGAAUUUAUAGAGCUACUAUUAAUUGAAGCAAGAUCUUAAAAAAAAAGUAGAAAAAAAAAACAUAUUAAUAUUCAAUACUGUGAAUCUCCCCAAGGCUUGUAAAUAAAUGUACCAAAAAGAAAAUUGUGCUUAAUUCAUCAUAUGUGUCAAAAGGGAUUUUCAAAAAUCACAAGAAUUUCAAACUUUUGCAAAUUUUUCGAAACUUGAACAUGUGUCAGAAUUUCUGUUCUCUUUAAGGCCAUUAAAAUAGUUUUUAAAAGGAUUAAAUAUUAUUUAAAAGUUGCCG